CCAAAGGAUUGUUCUGAGAUUCUUGCGAGGGGUGUAUUAACCAGUGGCGUGUACCUGGUUCAACCUCUAGACUCCGGUGAAGCUUUCCGAGUAUACUGUGAUAUGGAAACAGACGGUGGUGGAUGGACGGUUUUCCAGAGGCGCCAAGACGGCAGUGUAGAUUUCUAUUUGGACUUUGCUAACUACAGCCGGGGCUUUGGGAAUCUGGGGGGAGAGUUUUGGCUCGGUAACGACAACUUGCACCGUCUGACCGCUCAGGGCGAGUACGAACUCCGCGUAGAUCUCACAGACUUCGACGACGUUACUGGGUAUGCCAUCUACGAUACGUUCAGCAUCGCCGAUGUGAGUGACAACUACAGGUUGACAGUAGGAGGUUACUCAGGAAAUACAGGAGACUCGUUAUCGUACACCGAUAACAUGGCCUUUACGACCAAAGACCGAGACAGCGAUGUCUGGAGUCCUGUUAACUGUGCCGUGGAUCGCAAAGGAGCCUGGUGGUACCAUAGUUGCACCUUAUGUAAUUUGAACGGAAGAUACUUCAAUGAGGCCAUUCGCAACAAAGAAGGAAUUAGGUGGAAUGGCUUUUCGGGUCGGCUCUCACUCAAAAGAACUGAGAUGAAAAUUAAUAAUAAUUAUACACUUUGAAACUUAAAAAAUAAUGUCAAACAUAUAACUAAAUGU